CCCCGAGGAGCCAAGCAGCCAUGGCCUAUCACAGCUUCCUGGUGGAGCCCAUCAGCUGCCACGCCUGGAACAAGGACCGCACCCAGAUCGCCAUCUGCCCCAACAACCACGAGGUACACAUCUACGAGAAGAGCGGGAACAAGUGGGUCCAGGUGCAUGAACUCAAGGAGCACAACGGGCAGGUUACAGGCAUUGACUGGGCCCCCGAGAGUAACCGCAUCGUGACCUGCGGCACAGACCGCAACGCCUACGUGUGGACACUGAAGGGCCACACAUGGAAGCCCACGCUGGUCAUCCUGCGCAUCAACCGCGCUGCUCGCUGCGUGCGCUGGGCCCCCAAGGAGAACAAGUUUGCUGUGGGCAGUGGCUCCCGUGUCAUCUCCAUCUGCUAUUUUGAGCAGGAAAAUGACUGGUGGGUGUGCAAGCACAUCAAGAAGCCCAUCCGCUCCACCGUCCUCAGCCUGGACUGGCACCCCAACAAUGUGCUGCUGGCCGCCGGCUCUUGCGACUUCAAAUGCCGGAUCUUCUCAGCCUACAUCAAGGAGGUGGAGGAGCGGCCAGCACCCACCCCGUGGGGCUCCAAGAUGCCAUUCGGGGAGCUGAUGUUUGAGUCUAGCAGUAGCUGCGGCUGGGUGCACGGCGUCUGCUUCUCGGCCAGUGGCAGCCGUGUGGCCUGGGUCAGCCACGACAGCACCGUGUGCCUGGCAGAUGCUGACAAGAAGAUGGCCGUCGCGACUCUGGCCUCUGAAACACUGCCGCUGCUGGCCGUAACCUUCAUCACGGAGAACAGUCUGGUGGCAGCGGGCCACGACUGCUUCCCGGUGCUCUUCACCUACGACAAAGCCGCGGGGAAGCUGAGCUUCGGUGGGCGGCUGGACGUGCCCAAGCAGAGCUCGCAGCGCGGCCUGACGGCCCGCGAGCGCUUCCAGAACCUCGACAAGAAGGCGAGCUCGGAGGGCAGCGCGGCGGCGGGCGCCGGCCUGGACUCGCUGCACAAAAACAGCGUCAGCCAGAUCUCGGUGCUCAGCGGGGGAAAGGCCAAGUGCUCGCAGUUUUGCACCACCGGCAUGGACGGUGGCAUGAGCAUCUGGGACGUGAAGAGCCUGGAGUCCGCCCUGAAGGACCUCAAGAUCAUAUGACCCGUGAGGAGUGCACUGCCCUCGGCCCGGGUCGGGGAGGCUGAGGGCCGCUUUGCUGAGUUUCUAGGGUACCGGGUGGGGUUCCCACCGGGGCUGUUCCGCAGGAGGGGAGGGACGGGAGGCUGCUUCUUGGCUAUGGAAGGAACGAUUGCUUUUUUCUUGAAGAAAUGCUUUAAUUGUAAAAGAAACUGUUCUCAAAGCACUCUGGUGGUCAUGAACUGCUUCAGAAUGUGGAGGUAAUAAAAACACAACUGUAGACA